AUGACUUCCUCUGUCCAGCAUCAGCACUAUGAGUAUGGAGCGGUUCUCUAUGGCCAAAUAUGCGACGGCUGGGAUCUUAUGUGCCAUCAAACGUUGCCUGAUUUGCUCACGGUGCUUCUAUCCCUUUGUCCCAAUAAUGGGAAUUCGUUUGUAGCGAAGGGCUUUCUCGGAACUAUCAUAUCUAGGAGCUGGUCAUUGUUCUGGCGCAGCAGAAGCACCCGCCGCCAUCCAGGUGACAUGCUUUGCUAUCAUUGCCUGGGUGGAGCGAAGAGCUUAUUGGCCGCUACCAGAUUAGCUCAUGUCGGUGCCGAGAAGACUCUCUCCUCCAUUGAGAAGAUAUGGAAUGAAAUGUCUCCGCGGAGUCCGGCAGCAAGCUUCUGGGCCAACUUGGUUGUGGAAAGCCACCAGGUACUGGGAGCUAGUAGGUUGGAGGGGGUUUUGAAGGUCUGGAACAGACUCCGUGAGGUUAUCCCCAGUGAUCCAAUCCAGUUCGAAAUAAUAGACCUUGACUGGGCACGAAAAGUAAUUUUGGAAUUACGAAACCUGGAGAGAGGCAGGACUCAAGAUCAGAGCUUGGAGUUCCAGGCGUCAGUGCUGGCUCUUCUGAGCCGGGGAAGUCCAGUGUAUUACGCAUUUGCACGGAAUUUGGCUGAUAGCUAUGUUCGAAAUGGAGAUAUGAAGUCCGCCCUAACGCUCCGACAGCAGAUAUGGCAAGACCUGCAACCGACAUCACGUAUUUACAUUUCAUGGGCGCGAGAAUUGGCCGGUCUCUACCGCAGAAUUGGCCGUGAGGAGGAAGCGAUACAAUUGAACGAUAGGCAUGAAAGAAAGAAGGGGAGGAAACGUCAAUAUAGCUGUUUGAAAUAG